GAAAUAAGGAAUUUCCUGAAAGAAAAUAGAAGAUUAAUUUAAAUCUUGUUUGAUACGCAAACCAGUUGAUAUCCUUAGCGGCUAGGGAGCGAAGUAUCAGAAGUUGAAAACAACUGACGAAGUGCAGACGAUGAUCCAAAAUAUAAGCAUCUUUUUAGUGCUGUUGAUAGCAUUCGCAGCAGCACAAUGGGAUACACCAGAUCUGGAAGAUUCUGGCUUUUCUUGGGAAAAUGCAGGUAACAACCUGAAUCAAAACAACAGACAAACAGGAAAUAACCAAGGUUCGUUAUCCUGGGGUAGCGAAGAAGACUCUCAAUUCAACAGACCUGGAUUUAACCAAAACAGACCAGGUUUUAACCAAAACAGGCCAGGAUUUAACCAAAACAGACCUGGAAAUAACCAGAAUAGACCAGGCAAUAACCAGAAUAGACCGGGCAAUAACCAAAAUAGACCAGGCAAUAACCAGAAUGGAGCUUGGAAUAGACCGACAUCUUCUACAACCUCUAGAUCUACAACGACAAGAAGACAACAGAGUACUACUACAACAUCAACAACUGGUUCAGAUUUUAGUACAACAGCUUCUCCAGCAUUCACCUCUUGCAUGACUUUGUGCAGGACGACCCCAGAAUAUAAUCCAGUGUGUGGAAGUGAUUCUAGAACCUACAGCAACGAGCAGAGACUCAAUUGCGCCAUAAAUUGUGGAUUGAAUAUCAACCUUGCCUUUAGGGGAGCUUGUCAACCAGCUUGAUUGGAUAACAAAUCUUAAAUCAAGGAUUUUAUUUCAGAUGCCAAUGAGUAUUCACUGAUUUUAUAAAAUUUGCAAUUAGUCGAAUAAAUAAUUUUAUACUAAUAAUAUGAAAAUGUA